CGAAGGUUUCAGUGAGACAGGUCAAAUGGAUUAUAUGUGAUGUUUACUUUGCAUAAUCUUUUUUCGUCCAUUUCCUUAACAUUGAGUGCAUCUCUACGUUUGAAGUUGGUGGAUAAUCCAUUCCAGCUCAUCUACUGAUCGAGCGGACAUUUCACGAUCAAAAGACUGCCUUUUCAUCUGACUUACGAAAUAUGAACUGCACAAAACUGUACAGAUUGAGCGGGUAUUCUUCACCGGAGUUUGUUAUGCCAGUGGAUCUAGCCAUGCAUACGCAGACAAACCCACGGGUGUCUCAUCUGCUCGGCAUAUCCCCUCUCAGGCCCUCUGCAGUCAACAUGCCCUCCCAGGAGCUUCAAUACUCCAGACCUUCGACCCCAUCCCCUACAUCUUCUCUCUCUUCAUUUAGCUCUUCCAGUUUGAUCUCCUCAUACUCCCCUCCGGGCAGAGGAACGCUGCGCAAGAAAAAGCGCGUGGUGUUCGCGGACGAUAAAGGGCUCUCUCUCACAUCCGUGCGCAUCUUCAACACGUACCCCCCAGAGACGGAAACCGAAGACACGCCGCAACCUGAAGAAAAAGUGAAAGUUGCGGAAAGACCGUCCACGCAGACCGGGAAGAUCCGCGUAAAGCUUGGCUUUCCACAGCCGUGCCCGGACCCCGCGAGUCUGAAGGAAAACCUCGUGCAGCUGGAGAGCUGCAGCGUGACAGAGAAGACACUGAGCGGUUCGGUGCGCGUCUGUAACAUAAAGUUUGAUAAGACCGUCUCCGUUCGCUUAACUUUCGAUUCAUGGAGAAGCCACCAAAACAUCGAGUGCACGUACGUGAGGGAACCGAAAGGGUCUUUGGAGACGGACUUGUUUACUUUUAAUAUCCCCCUGCCGUCCGAGAUGGAUCCAGCCAAACGAGUCGAGUUCUUAGUGGUCUUUCAACCCGGCAAGACCGGCGUGCAGCUGGUGGACAAUAACAAUGGUAAAAACUACCACAUAUCCGUGGAAAACGCCACAUCUGACUUUAUCCGGUUCUUUACGCCAAGCAGACGGAGCUUCGUCGUGCCAAGUCCUCAGCGUCUUGCGGUGUGGCCUGUGACCAAAAGCGAUGACCUGACCACGGCGAAAUACCAGCCGUGCAAAGUCCCACCUUACACAAAGCGUGCGUUGCACAGGUCCUGGGGGAGUAUGACAAACGUAGCUGGACUGUGUUAAUGUGGGACAAAGGUGCUGUCUAAAUUUCGACUUGAACUUUAUUUGUAUGGACUGUACUUACAGAUGCAACUCAAUUAUGUGUGCAGAUGAUUCAUAGACUUAAAAGUCUCUUGUACCAUCUGUUUUGCUUAUGCUGCUGUUCACCCUGAAUAAGAAAUGCAAAUGUUUUGCUAUAUAUACUGUAUAUAUUUUAAUGCAUUUAGUAUUUUUACAACAACGACUGUUUUAAUUUGCAAGUUAGACUUUACUUUUCAAAGAAUGCAAACAUAGCUUUUUAGGAAACAAAGGGCUUUCCCUUUAUUUUCUUUACACGCUGUGUUUAAUUUUCCCAAAGAUCUAAAUUGGUGAUCAAAUGUACCUUUAUUAGAAAAUCUGAAGUGUAGAUGUUUGUAUAUAUGUUGAUACAAUUAUGUAUUUAUUUUGAACUCUUCAUUAAAAUGAAAAGAAUGUCAUUUUUUAAAA